UGUGUCUCAAAAUACUUCAACUGUCUGGUGGUCACGUUCAUUUCUCCGUGUAGUGUAUUGUUAGACAUUUUUUUUUCAUUUGACAGUAAAUCCUUGACAUUUUUUUGCGUUUUUUUGAGAAAUUUUUCACUUUGUACAAAAGUGAACAUAAUUGGCAAAUUUAAAUGUAAUAUAAAGCAUCGAGUUUUUAAUUUAUAUUUUAUUGUACGAUAGUAAUUAAGCUUAAAAGAACAAUGUAACAAUAAAUGGUAAAUUUCUGUUUUUUAUUAAAGGAAGAUCUAGAAAAAGAUAAGAUAACAAUAAAAUUGCCUUGAUGUCCAGGUCUUCCAAUAUGGUAUCUGCCGACAAAAGUAUUAAAAGUAAUAGUGAUUAUAGUCUAAGCAACACACACCUAGUUAUAACUAGUUUUACGGCGGGUGCGAUCGCUGGUGGUUUGGCAAAAACAACAAUCGCACCCUUAGAUAGGACUAAAAUUUAUUUUCAAGUAGGACAUAAGCCUUACUCAACGCGGAAAGCUUUUAAAUUUAUUUUGAAAACCUUACGGACAGAAGGAGUUUUCGCAUUAUGGAGGGGGAACAGCGCUACCAUGGCUCGAAUAAUACCUCACGCUGCAAUCCAAUUCACAGCUCACGAACAAUGGAAAAGAAUACUCAACGUAGAUAUCGGAGGGAGCACGCCUGUUCGACUAUUUUUAGCAGGUUCUCUUGCCGGAGUAACAUCACAAUCUAUUACCUACCCACUUGAUCUUGCUAGAGCCAGAAUGGCAGUUACUUCUAGGACGGAAUACUCGACAUUAAGACAGGUAUUCUUUAAAAUAUAUUAUAUUGAAGGAAUGAAACGAUUUUAUCGAGGAUAUAUACCUACAAUGUUAGGAGUAAUACCGUACGCUGGAGUCUCGUUCUUUACGUAUGAUACUUUAAAAAGACUGUAUAGAGAACACAUAGAAAACGUACCGACCCCACCGCCUGCCGCAUCGUUGGCGUUUGGUGCCGUAGCAGGGAUGUUGGGACAAACCUGCUGUUAUCCUUUGGACAUAGUUCGAAGAAGGAUGCAAACUGAUGUUAAUGGACGAUAUCCUAAUCUUUGGGGAACUCUCACAUAUGUUUAUAAGACUGAAGGUUUGAUAGGUGGUUUGUAUAAAGGUCUUUCGAUGAACUGGAUCAAAGGGCCCAUAGCCGUCGGCAUUAGUUUCGCAACGUACGAUAAUACAAAAGACUUCUUGCGUAAGGUUGUCGUAAAAUAUAGGAGGAAAGUAUUACACAUAGAGUAGAUAUUUCGAGUUGAGCGAAUAGACCGAGUAAUUUUACCUGCGAAAUAUAUUUUUAACGGCAUAUAGUCCACAUUACAUCGUCCUUUUUCAAAAAUGAUUACAAAAGUCGUAAAAAUGGUUUUAAUUGCUUCGUUUGAGAAGUCUAGUACUUUCUGAAAAUUUUAAGAGUGCAGGUUGGACGCGUUUCCGCACGCCCCACGCCUAAACCUGUACUCUAGAGCGAUAAGGUUUUGUGAUUGCAAAACUAUAAUUUUUAAUAAUUGAUGGAUUCGACCGUUACUUGAUGGAAGUUCAUUUUAUCUAACAAUAAAACACUGAAAACGUUUGUUUUCUAUACUUCCACAAAAUUUAUUACAACUAAGUGACUACAGCUGUUUCGGCAGAGUGCCUUUCUCAAGUGAUAUAGUUUACAAUGUGUUUGCCUUUUUAAUUCUUUAACUGAAGAGGUUGAGGAGUGGGGAGCUGUUUGUCUCGAGUUGGUCA